UCGUUAUAUAAUUCAGCAUUUUAAAUAAGAGCGCCUUUUUCUACCAAUGAGAAAGCGGUUGUAGAGCCAGCGUAGUUGUGUUUGAUUCACAAUCGCUAUCGGAACGCAAACGCAACCAGAAUAAUUAGUUAGAGAAGGACAAACAAUAUGUCUAUCCUUCUCUAACUCAUUUUUCCAAUUGCGAUUACGACUUACGUUUCUAUUCUGUUCAGGCCUUUAUGUCCAACUGCCUGCACUCUAUUGUUGCCCUAUUCACUCUAUUGAGAUUUUUUCUAUUGAAGAGUUCAAAUUUUUACUUUGUUCUUCAGAAGAAAUUGAAUAUUUAUUAAUUAUUUUAAAGAGAAAAAUUAAUUGCUUUGUUUAAAAGGAAAUUGCAUAAAAAUUGUAAUCUCAUUUUUCGAAAUAUUUAAAAUUAUUAUUGAUUAUAGAGAUUUCACAAAUUUAUUUUCAAAUAAAUACCAAAUAUGGAGUAUUCAAAGGAAGGAAGAUUUUUUCCAAACGAAUGUUACGUCUGUAAAUCGACGAAAAACCUAAUUAGAUGUAAAUGCAAUAUGAUUUCGUAUUGUGGAGAAAAUCAUCGAAUGCAACAUUAUUCGAUUCACGAAAAUAUUUGCAAUGCGGUUAUGGAAUUAUUAAAUGAAAAAAAUGUGUUUCAUAUUUUUGAAGAGCUUUAUUCUUUAUUUGGAAAAGAUUGGACGGAUAAACGACAACAAAUCUAUAAAAACUUAGAAUUAAAAUUAAAGAGAACUCUAAGUCCUCUGGAAGAGGCAAUGUUUAAUCGUCCGCGAGUUUGUUAUCGUUGCCGUCAAGCUAAUCAAGAAAAAUUAAAAAAUUGUUUAGAAUGUCCCAUUGCGAGCUUUUGUACAGAUUGCCUGUAUAAUGAAGAACAUGAUAAGAAUUGUAAGCUAAUGCGAACAUAUUUAAACAUGUUGCAAACGGCAGAUGUAUUGAAUAUUGAUUUACAAUUUUUACCUUCCUGUUUUCCGUUUAUUAAAAAAAAAUUUACAUACAAAAUUGAUAGACUUACAUACACAAUGCUAUUGCCUUUUAAUGAUUCGGAGGCAUCUGCUUUAAAACUUAUUGCAUCAAAAAUUAAUCUUAUUCAGUUUAUUGACGCUGCUUCAAUAUUUCAUACUGCCUUACAAAAAAUCGAGAAUAUUAAUCCUUUGGAAAUAAUUAUUCACAUAGACGCGCUUGGUUACCAACAUGUAAUUAUAAAGGAAAAUUUUUGGGAGUUUCUUUUACAUUUAAAUUCAGAUAUAAAGAUUUUAAAAAUUGUCAUCACUGGAAGUGAGGAUCAGAACAAUUUAAAAACAUCACUUUGUCGAAAAUGUCGUUCUAUGAAGAAAAAUUUGUCUAUCGAAAUUCAUUCAAUGCCAUACGAAGAGUACAUGUUGCAAAAAAAUUACCAAAAACCCACUGCUCUGUUUUAUUGCAAAUUCGAAAAUGAUGAAAAUUUUUGUAAAACGAAAAAAUGGAUUAAAAUUGCAACUCCCAUUAUUUUAUAUCUUUCAAAAGAAAAUUUUGAUAAAUUAAAAUGUAUUCUCGAGUUUUCAUUUGCAAAGUUUGAAAUUAUUUAUGGAGGAGAAAUUAACACGCCAUUCAGUGAUAAAUCUACACACGAAAAUGACGACUAUAUUCUAAUUUUCAAAUCAAAAGGAACUAAAGAUUUUUUAAAAUCACAAGUUGAUUAUUCCAACACAAGUGGAAAUAAUGAAAUAACAAUUAGCGCCAAUCCAGAAGUGAAAUCUCUUUCGUCUAUUCAUUUAGAUUGUGAAGACGUCUUUUCUAAUGCAAAGAAAGAUUUAAAUAAGAACUUAGAAUCAAAAUUGAAUAAUUCUUUUAUCAAAUCUCAAGCUGAUUCUAAUGCGAAAAUAGUUGGAAAUAAAUUGCUUCAAAAGAACGAAACUCAGGAUAAUUGUAAAACAAAAGAAAUUGAAGAUAAAUAUUUAGCUCGAGAAGAAAAUAGAAUGUCUGAUGACAAAAAUAAAAUUUCUGAUGAACAAAAUAUUGUUGAUGAUAAUCAAAAAUCAAACAAGGAAAUUCAAGUGAUGCAAGUUAAUUUUAUGGGUAAACACAUUUCGUUUCUUCAAAAUGAAAACCAUAAAUUACGAGAUGAGAAUAUAAGAGUUCGUGAACACUUAAAUUUAUCAAUUAAAAGAACUUUAGAACUUCAAGAAAUUUGUUCUAAAUUAGUAAAGAAAGUGAAAUUAAUAAAAGAAAAUAUAAAUAUUGAUGACCUUGAGAAAAAAAUUGUUUAAAUUCAGUUGAAAAAAAAAUAAUAUUCAUUAUUUCAUUGCUGUUUAAAAAAGUGUUAUAUUUUCCCAUUAAUUGGAAUAAUCUUCCAAUAUUUUAUUUUUAUUUUUCCUUAAAUGUUACAUAAAUGUAAUUAGUUUUAUAU